AUGCUGGAGCUCACCACCUGCGUGGUGCUUCCUGCCUUCGACUUGGACGCAGAGCCCGCACGCUUCCUUCCAUUCCUGAUUCAGUUUACAAGAGAUCUCUCCCUUCCGUACUCAUUUGAGAACGCGAUUGCGUUGAUGGGUCCGCGAGUCGUUGCAGAUUUUGCCCUUCUGGAAACCGGAUAUGAUUACCACGUUGAUCAGGAUUACCUUCCCGGCCUGGAUGAUUGGACCUGGGACUUGGAGCAUUUGAGCCAGCCACCGUCGAUGCUCUCUGCAGAGAAUGACCCGCUGGCAGCAAAGGUGUUUGAGAUAGUCCGGGCCGUGGGACAGCAAUCAAAGUUCGGGCAGUCCGAUGCUGGGCCUUUCCUGGCCUCGCCAGAGUUAUCAUGUCACGAAUUCUUCUCUCCUCGCCGGCUCCGCAUAUACCUGGAUCUGUACUGGACGAUGUGGUACCCGAAUUGGCCUACCAUCCACAGGCCACAGUUCGACCCGCUACGUGCCUCGAGCUUGCUGCUGGCAUCGAUGGCUAUCAUCGGAGCAUGCCAUUCAAAUGACCCCGCUGAGAGAAGCGCUUCGGACUUCUGGUCCGACACAGUGGAGAAAUGGGCUUCCAGGGAGCUGGAUAGAGUCCAUGUGACGGGUUCAGCGGUCGACCGGAGGACGAGCGUCCAGACAGUCCAAGCCGCCUGUAUAAUCUGCAUUUACCAGAACUGGAAUGGGACGAAUGAGAGCAAACGUAGAAUGAGGCGACAAUUCUUUGCAGCUGUAGCCGGGGUAUGUCACGACAUGGACAUGUCUUCCGCAGUCCAUCGAGACUACCGUUUCGUUUCACAAGCCGACUUCGACUGGCGCGAGUUCAUCGAGGCAGAAGAGAUGAUCCGGACGUUCAUCUGGGUCUUCUUCAUCGAUACCGCCUUUGUCAUUUUCAACGGCACUCCUCCUCGGAUAGCGUUGCGACAGCUAAGGAUGGCUUUGGCAUGCCCAGAGAGGUGCUUCCAAGCGCAGUCGGCAGAAGAAUGCUUCAUGAACAUUCAAUGGUGGAUAUGCAAGACUCGAACAAGCCGGGAAUCGGGACCAUCAACGCUCUUUGACUUCAUCAGGACUUUCUGUAAGGACGAGAUUGAUCCGGCGGUCAGGGAUGUCUAUGCUCAUGAAGCAUACGUCAACCAUUUUGCCGUCCCAUCUGCAAUGCACGUCCUCUUGUUCAAUAUGAGUCUCGAUGUAGAUGCCCCUACCGAGCAACAGCUGCAACGUGUUAGGAGAGCCCUCAAUAACUGGAAGGCUGUUUGGAACCGCCGCCUCAGUAUCGAUCGUUUUGAGAGAAGCCCAAUUGCGAGUUUUGACAAUGUGGAGUUCAGCCAGAAGCACAGUGAUGAUUGGCGGCGUGCGGGCUUUUGGCGCCACGCCUCUGAGUACUGGCUCCUCGCUCGUCUCUUUUUAGAGCAAUUUGAGUCCGCCGAACGCGGUAGGCAGGAUGGAAAAAAUCUUUCGAGGCGUGGUAUUUCGGCUUGUCAGAAUCAGACGAGGAUAUUGCGUCGGUAUGAUGAGACAGACAUGACGGAGCUUCACAAGUUCCUGUGCUCUUGGGAGCGAGUCGUGUGA